UAAUACAGUUGCAGGUGCCGGUAUGUUUCACAAUUCGUCGAUAAAAUUGUGAUCGUCGGUUUUCAACUGCGGUUUUUUUUUGGUUUACCGAGCUUUAAUUGGUAGCAUUUCGUAGAAGAAAAAAAUUACUGAUCGCGUCGUGGAUGUGUGCUUUCAUAUGACUGUAUUUAUGCUUGUGCUUCUUACGCAUUGAGAGAGCUGGAAAAUUGGACUAAAGUUGAAAGCUAGGCAUAAAUAAUGGCUUCAAUCUCACAGAACAAGAGACAAAAAGUGAGCGAAACACAAUGUGCGGAGGAGAUACCGAAUAACUACGAGGAACUGGAUAUUAUCGGCACAGGCGCCUACGGGACAGUUUAUCGGGCACGCGACAAUGUGACCGGCUGCUUUGUGGCCAUCAAAAAAGUGCGCAUUGCACUCACCGAAAACGGAGUCAGUGCGUCCACACUGCGCGAGAUUUCGCUUCUUAAGAAGCUCAACACAUACAAUCAUCCGAACAUUGUUAAACUGAUCGAAGUAUGCCAGUUUCUGGAACGUGGCAACAAGUUGCUAAUUUUGCUGGUCUUCGAGUAUUUGGAGCAGGAUUUAUCCGAUCUGAUUGAGGGUCUGCCAAAGUCAGGGAUGUCCCCAACAACAGUACAGCGCAUUUCCCGUGAACUGUUAACAGGCAUUGAUUUUUUACAUGCAAAUCGGAUUAUUCAUAGAGAUUUGAAGCCACAGAAUUUGCUCGUCUCGUCGCAGGGCCAUUUAAAGAUCGCCGAUUUUGGGCUGGCGAAAACGUACGAUUCCGAAAUGAAAGUCACCUCGGUGGUGGUCACCCUGUGGUACAGGGCGCCCGAAGUGCUGCUAGCCCAGGGCUACAACAGCUCCGUCGAUAUUUGGAGUGCGGCUUGCAUCAUUUUCGAGCUGUUCAACGGCAAACCUUUAUUUCCAGGCACCUCCGAAAAGAAUCAACUGGAUCGCAUAUUCGAACUCACCGGUCGUCCCACGGAUCAACAGUGGCCCAAAAGUAUUUCUGUUUCACGGGAACAUUUUCCUCCCCGCAGUCCGAAAAGACCCCGUGAUUUUUAUCCAGAUUUGUGCGAAUAUUCCGAUGAUUUGCUCAGCCAAAUGCUUUCGUAUGAGCUGCAUUCGCGUCCCUCUGCUUUGGCCUGUUUGUCGCACGAGUAUUUCCAGCAAGAGCCAAUCUAGUUUCCAGUCAGUCACCAGAGUCACCCUGUGAGAGCAAGCAAUUGGUUUUGUUUGUUGAAAUGUUCCUUUUUAUUAUACUUUACUUUAUAAUGUAGGUAUUUUUUCCGGUCUUUUUUUAUUUUAUUUUUUUCGUAAUAAUCCACAGUUUGUUAGUCGUAAUACAAAGUUUAAUUGUGAAGCAACUGCCGUUCAACGAAACUCGAGGAUUGCGAUCCGGUUUGAAAUGUGAUACACAAAAUGUUCAGGACUAAAAACAUGCUCAGGCAUCUACAAUAAUAAUAGAAUAUGCAAUAUAUGAAAAUAUACCACGUAAAAUCUAAAUACAAUUAUACAAUUGGAGCGAGCUUCAAAUGUAAUUCUUAUAUUCAAAAUUGAGCUGUUCGUACACCACUAUAUUUACA